UGGCCAGGGGCAGGUUUAGCUCAUAACCCGCCGAAGACCCACCACGCGUGACGCAUAGGCCCUCGCGCAACCCUCCUUUGACGAUCCGCAGACGCCAUGCACCCUCGCGAUAUUCCUAAAAAUUUCGGCAGGCAGAGAGGCCACCAGAUCUACGUACCUAGUAGGCCCUGUUUCAAAGGGAAGUUUGAGACAGCACUAGGCGAGCACGUGCAAGCUGGCGUGCCACCAGCGCAGUCUGAUUGGUGUGCACGCUAGGACCCGUCGACAGGGGUGCUCGCGCCAUAUCCUCGCGCGGCAGAGCAGCGUUGUCUCGAACAAACCCCGGCUUGACCCCGCCACCGUCGACGCCAUGCGGCAGAGCGAGCAGGCAUCGAUGGUCGCACUGAGCACCCCACCAGCAUCGCUCAUCGCCCUCCCGCUUGUCAGCCACGACUUCGCCACGACUUGGCAGCGGAUGGCGUCGAUGGUGGCGGCUUGUACGACACCGGACACACGGCUGGUCCUCACAAUGCGUCUGCACGGCCACAUGCCCGCGUGGCGCCUCCAAGGCCCGGUGGUCUCGAUACGAGAAUCUACCCGAGCGGAUGGGGAUGCGCAUGCGCCAGCUGGAGGAGGGGAACCUGCCCUGCCCUGCACGACGUGGCGGCGCGGCAGCCAUUUCUUACCCUGCCAGCCGUUCUAUUCUUUCCCUCCACUCCCUGUCCCACACCCCCUGUCCCACACCCCCUGUCGCACACCCCCUGUCCCACACCCCCUGUCCCACACGCCCUGUCCCACACCCCUUGUCCCACACCCCCUGUCCCACACCCCCUGUCCCACACGCCCUGUCCCCCACACCCUGUCCCACACCCCCUGUCCCACACCCCCUGUCCCACACCCCCUGUCCCACACCCCCUGUCCCACACCCCCUGUCCCACACCCCCGCCCACACGCCCUGUCACACACCCCCUUUCCCGCACCCACUGUCCUAUGCAACUUGGCCUGCUGCUGCUUCCCUGCCCUCUCCGCCCAGCCCCUUUUUCCAUCCCAUCUUACCCACCCGCUGGGUUCAAGCUCAAUCCUCAAGUGUAUAUUUUUGAGUUGACAUCUGCUAUAAGUGCUGGCCUGCUAGCAGGAUACAGUCAUAAAGUCACCAGUCCUAACCACUGGGACAAGAAGGGAUAUCAUCAGGAGGGUUAGGCUCCAUAUAUCCACCUUCCCCGGGGAAAGCCUCCCCAGUACCCUCCCUAGAGAGAGAGCGAGAAUCGACAGGGUUAUCCCAGUGCCAUAACACACCCCCCCGCUGGGAUAGCGUGUACACCAGAAAUUGAACCCCGGAUGGCUCUGAUACCAUUUCAGAGUUAGAACGAAUGACUAGAAUGAGAGAGUACAGGAGUAUAUAGCUAGUGGGUUGUACUCUCUACGGCAAGACCCUAUGUAGUCUACUAAGCAUACACAAAUAUGUUUUAACACCUCUGACUGUCCAUUUGUAAUACCAUUUCAC